AUGCGUGAGGUCACUGCUAGUGAGCAUGACGUUCGCCCACAGUUUAUUUUCCCGCAUCAUGGGGUUCUGAAGCAAGAUAGCAGCACCACCAAACUAAGAACAGUUUUUGACGCCUCGUGCAAAUCUCGUUCUGGACUAGCGCUUAAUGUCGUGCUGUUACCAGGACCCACAAUUCAAGACACUCUGGUUGCAAUCGUGCUUCGUUUUCGUACGUAUAGGUUUGUCGUUUCGGCGGACAUCGAAAAGAUGUACAGACAGGUACUGGUCCACCCAUCAGAACAACCCCUGCAGCGCAUACUUUGGCGAAAUAGUCCACAUGAACAGCUGAAAACAUACCAGUUACUGAUGAUAACUUACGGUUUGAAUAAUUCUCCUUUUCUAGCAACCCGUGUGCUGGUACAGCUGGCAAAAGAUGAGGAAACCAGAUUCCCGAUGGCAGCUCGAGUAGCAACGAGAGACUUUCACGUCGAUAAUCUUCUCACUGGGUCAAACGACAUACGAGAUCUUAAACAAAUCUUUCAGCAAAUGAUCGACAUGCUCCAUGCUGGUGGAUUUCCCCUUAGACAAUGGUCAUCUAAUAGUCAAGCCAUUUUCGACGUCAUCCCCGAAACUUUUCGUGAAACUCGUACAUUACUAGAUCUCGAUCCAAACUCAACUGUCACUGCUCUUGGUUUACGAUGGGAACCUGCUGCCGAUACACUUUCGUUCAAAAUACCAAGAUGGAAGGGAACGUAUGGUCUCACAAAACGCAAGGUUUUGUCGCAGAUGAGCAGCCUGUUCGACCCUCUCGGCCUUAUCGGCCCAACCAUUAUUCGUGCAAAAAUCAUAAUGCAAACCCUGUGGAAACAUCAUCUGGACUGGGACAUACCGUUACCGCUACCAUUCGAAGAAGAGUGGACAGAAUAUCAGCAAGACAUACCACACUUGGAACAUCUCCGUGUGCCCCGAGCUGCUUUGCAAUUCCCCUAUCAGUGUCUGGAAAUCCAUGGAUUCUGUGACGCUUCCCAAUUGGCGUACGGCGCUUGCGUCUAUUUAAGAUCAAUCGAUGCCUCCGGUCAGUGUUUACUGCAGCUGCUAACUGCAAAGUCACGAGUUGCCCCAGUCGACAGUAAAUCGAUACCUAGAUUGGAGCUCGAUGCAGCUGUGCUUCUAGCCUAUUUGCUAACUCAAGUCAUCGCUAGUAUCAACCUUUCCGCACCGGUCUAUCUGUGGACUGAUUCCACCGUCGUUCUUAAUUGGAUUUCUGCUCCUCCGUUAACCUGGAAAACAUUCGUUGCAAACAGGGUCGCUGAGAUCCAGGAACACACUGCGUCUGCUUCGUGA